UGUGGAACAACACGAUGGCUGAACAACUCCUUCCUCAGGCUUUGUAUUUGAGCAAUAUGCGGAAAGCUGUGAAGAUCAGAGAGAGAACUCCAGAAGACAUUUUUAAACCUACCAAUGGAAUCAUUCAUCAUUUUAAAUCCAUGCACCGAUACACGCUGGAAAUGUUCAGGACUUGCCAGUUUUAUCCACAAUUUCGGGAGAUCAUCCACAAAGCUCUCAUAGACAGAAACAUCCAGGCCUCCCUGGAAAGUCAGAAGAAGCUCAACUGGUGUAGAGAAGUCAGGAAACUUGUGGCUCUCAAGACAAAUGGUGAUGGAAACUGCCUCAUGCAUGCUGCUUCUCAGUACAUGUGGGGUGUUCAGGACACAGACUUGGUCCUGAGGAAGGCUCUCUUCAGCACUCUCAAGGAGACGGACACACGCAACUUUAAAUUCCGCUGGCAGCUGGAGUCUCUGAAAUCUCAGGAGUUUGUGGAAACGGGGCUUUGCUAUGACACCCGGAACUGGACUGAUGAAUGGGACAACCUCAUCAAAAUGGCAUCCACAGACACACCAGGGACCCGAGGCAGCCUUCAGUAUAAUUCACUGGAAGAAAUACAUAUAUUUGUCCUUUGCAACAUCCUCAGAAGGCCAAUCAUUGUCAUUUCAGACAAAAUGCUAAGAAGUUUGGAAUCAGGUUCCAAUUUCGCUCCUUUGAAGGUGGGCGGAAUUUAUCUGCCACUCCAUUGGCCUGUCCAGGACUGCUACAGAUACCCCAUUGUUCUCGGCUACGACAGCCAACACUUUGUGCCCCUGGUGACCAUGAAGGACAGUGGGCCUGAAAUCCGAGCUGUUCCACUUGUUAACAGAGAACGAGGAAGAUUUGAAGACUUAAAAGUUCACUUUUUGACAGAUCUUGAAAGCGAGAUGAAGGAGAAGCUCCUGAAAGAGUACUUGAUGGUGAUAGAAAUCCCGGUCCAAGGCUGGGACCAUGGCACCACCCAUUUGAUUAAUGCUGCAAAGUUGGAUGAAGCUAACUUACCAAAGGAAAUUAACCUGGUAGAUGAUUACUUUGAACUUGUCCAGCACGAGUACAAGAAGUGGCAGGAGAACAGCGAGCAGGGGCGGAGAGAACGGCAUGCUCAUCCUGCUCUGGAACCCUCUGUUCCCCAGCUCUCUCUCAUGGACGUAAAAUGUGAAACACCCAACUGUCCUUUCUUCAUGUCUGUGAACACCCAGCCCCUAUGCCAUGAAUGUGCAGAGAGGCGGCAAAAGAACCAGAACAAAUCCCCAAAGCUGAACUCCAAGCCAGGCCCUGAUGUGGUGCUUGGAGCCUCUCGGGGUGAGGCCUAUGAGCCCACAGCCUGGAGCCCUGAGGAGCCAUCUGGGGGGCCUCAUUCGGCCCCUCCGACAGCACCCAGCCUUUUUCUGUUCAGCGAGACCACUGCGAUGAAGUGCAGGAGCCCCGGCUGCCCUUUCACGCUGAACGUGCAGCACAACGGAUUCUGUGAGCGCUGCCACAGUGCCCGGCAACUUAAUGCGGGCCACACCUCGGACAAGUCGAGGCAUUUAGAUCCUGGUAAGUGCCGAGCCUGCCUCCAGGACGUCACCAGGACAUUUAAUGGGAUCUGCAGUACUUGCUUCAAAAGGACUACGGCAGAGCCCUCCUCGAACCUCAGCUCUAGCAUCCCUCCUUCCUGCCAUCAGAGGUCCAAGUCAGACCCGGCUCAGCUCAUCCGGAGUCUCUCCCCCCAUUCUUGCCACAGAGCUGGGAGUGAGGCCCCCUCUGGCUGCCUCUCUCAGGCCGCACGGACUCCAGGCGACAGGACAGGGACAAGCAAGUGCAGGAAGGCUGGCUGCAUCUAUUUUGGGACUCCCGAAAACCAGGGCUUUUGCACACUGUGUUUCAUCGAGUACAGAGAAAAUAAACAUUUUGUUGCUGCCUCGGGAAGAGUAAGUCCCUCAGCCUCCAGGUUCCAGAACGCAGUCCCCUGCCUGGGAAGGGAAUGUGGCACGCUCGGAAGCACUGUGUUUGAAGGAUACUGUCAAAAGUGUUUCAUUGAAGCACAAAAUCAGAGAUUUCAUGAAGCCAAAAGGACGGAAGAGCAACUGAGAACCAGCCAGCUCAGAGAUGUGCCUCGAGCCACGCAGAGCCCCUCCAGGCCCAAGUGUGCCCGGGCCUCUUGCAAGAACAUUCUGGCCUGUCGCAGUGAGGAACUCUGCAUGGAGUGCCAGCACCUCGGCCAGAGGGUCGGCCGGGGCGAGCCUGCUCCCGAAGAGCCCCCCAAACAGCGCUGCCGGGCCCCCGCCUGCGAUCACUUUGGCAACGCCAAGUGCAACGGCUACUGUAACGAGUGCUUUCAGUUCAAGCAGAUGUACGGCUAAUGCGAGCAGGUGAGCCAGCCCCGGCUGUUAGCCAACAUGGUGCUAUUCUCUAAACACACUGGUGCCACCGGAGAAGCGGUCCCUGCAUCAGUGAGCUCAGGGUUGUCUUUGCGCAGGAGAGGAAAGAUAAAGCUCUUGGUCGUGGCCUUGAAUUCGGUAACCGGGGAACAUUCCCAGGUGUCCUUGCAGCACAGCUUGUGACUGGCAGCAGAUGGUGUCGCAUUCAGUUUGGGGCUCCUCCUCCUCCAAGCAGAAGGCCAGGAACUUUAUGUCCAGGACUGCUUCAUCAUCUUUCAAGAAAAGGGACAGGGCAUAGCCAGAGCCACUCCGCCUGCCUUCAUCGACAUUGCUCAGCAGCGGGAAGCUGAGUCCUUGUGGCCCACAGGCCCCCUGCAAGAAGGUCGGGAAGCUCAGGGAAAAUGGACAUUUUCUGUGUCAGUCGUUCAUGACUUUUCCCUACCUGCCUCAUUCCUUUCCCAAGGACUGUGAUUCUGAGGCUGCUGAGACUAAAUUCAUACUGUAAAGCAUCCAGCUGCUCUUUACCAUAGGCACCUUGCAAAAAUCAGAAUAUUUUAGUGGGAAGAUGUGUGACUCUUGGUUAUCAUAGUCUUCACUUCUAAACAGGCUAUCUUCAACUGAGAUGUGCAUAAAACGUGUACAUAUAUAAUAUGCCCUUGUGUAUGAGGGAUUUGUUUUUAUUGUGUUGAAAUGCUGCCCUGGAGUAAGAAGACUGAACAGUAAUAACCUGUUUUCUGGUUUUUAUUGGAGCAUCACCUAUGUACAGCUUUCAUGAACUCGACCUUGUCAAAGGACCUGUUUUUGGAGUUUACUUUAUUUAUUUUAUUGCAAACUUUAAGGUUAUUUAAAUGAAGUUGUAUCUUCUGCUCUGGGGAAAAUGCUGUAGUGUCUUGAGAUAACGUACUUGCUGUGGGUCACAUUCUGGAGCCAGGCAAGUUCUUGACUGCAGUGGGGGAGUCGGCCGCUCUGAAGCACUUUCUUGCCUUUCUUAGGAAAGAAGGAAUUGCAUCAAUAUUAUUAAAAUCUCGUGCUUCUUAAUGAAACUCUGGCCAGAGCCACUUCCCAGCCACAAUAUAUAAUUGUCUCUGACUAUCCUACCUCCUUAGAGAUACGAUUGGAAAGGAGCAGGGAUGGGAUUGGGGAAGGUCACAGGGUCAGAUACGGCCUUCAGUGAUGGUUUUAUUUGCUCUGUUCAUGCUGUCCUGGGGAGCAGGGGCGUGACCUCCUGUCCGUAUGAGGAAAUCUCUAUCCUCUGCCUGCAGUUUCUCUAUGUGCUUUGUGUCAUUGUCAUUCUUGUUCUAGAAAAAAAAAAGUGGGGGAAACACAUUGUCCCCGUCGGUAAAAGCUGCCAGUGUUUUCACCUACUUCUUUUAAAGUAGAUAUUUUAAUAUUUUGUGUAUAAAUAUUCUCUUUCUUAAUGUGAAAAAUUGAAUUAUUUAUACUUAUUAUAGAAAACGUUUGAAAUUUGCACAUUUAGUUGUCCUAAUAGACUUCUGUUUACUCUGUUGGAUUUAUUAAAAUUUUCCUAAAUAAUUGUAACUUUUCACAAAAAACAAUAUUAAAAAAUAAAUUAU